AUGACGAUGAUGGACGACGUUUACGAUUCUGAUGAUGUAUGCAAUGCUUCUCCUCGCCUUCAACCUACAAAAAUCGAUUAUAGACCCCAUGUCACCCCUCCGCCUUUCUUAAAAGAGCCGGACUCACCGGGCAAGCGAAGUGCUGGGGGACGUGAUCCCGACCCACAACUUGCCCAUGAGCUUGGACAGAAACCUCUACCAACCGAUUCGCCGCGUGAAUCUAGUAGCCCCGAUAACUACCGUGAUGUGGACGAGGCGGGAAAUGCCCAGGAUACUUCGAUGUCAGAUGUUCAUACCUCCUGCGCGCGACAAACAGCCCAACAUGCCUUGAAUUUAAUUCUGCAGGAUGAUGACAUGCAAGGGGAGCCCCAGAAACUAGGCGCGAAAGUAGAGAGGUCGUUUGGCGAAGAGUUGCGGGCACCGUCGCGGCCGCCAUAUUUUUUAGAGCCUCAGGCCUCUCCACAACAUCUACAGAGCCCCAUGAUUUCCUCCCCGAUAGAUAAAGAUAUUGCGAACUGGUCUCGGCUUAAAAAACUACCGAUAUCGAUACCGGAAUCUCAGCCGCGUGUGAGACGCAUUGAAUGGUCAUCUCGGUCCAAUAAACGCGGUUCCGCUUCACACGCAAAUGUACACUCACAGAACCGUCCAUUCUACUGUCCGGUAAAAGGCUGUCCGCGCGGCGAAGGCGGGAAAGGCUUCAAGCGCAAAAAUGAAAUGAAACGCCAUGGCCUCGUCCACGACUCGCCGGGUUAUGUAUGCCCAUUCUGCCCAGAUCAGCAACACACCUAUCCGCGCCCGGAUAAUUUACAGAGACAUGUCCGGGUACACCAUGUAGACAAAGACCGCGAAGACCCCGAACUAAGACGAGUCCUUGCUCAGCGACCGGAAGGCGGCAUGCGGGGCAGACGACGCCGCAACGGAGUUCAGUAG